AUGGCGCAUCUAGAGGGCAAAGUGAUAGCAAUAACAGGUGCUGCGAGAGGAAUUGCUCUUGCAGCAGCUCAGCUUUUUGCAUCAGGAGGUGCGACGCUUGCGUUGGCGGACACAAACCAGGCGGGUCUCAAUGAAGCCAUCAAGAUACUUGGGGCAAGUAGAGAUCGUAAGCACACGAGUGCUGUUGUAGACGUGCGCAACAGCAAAGAAGUCGAUGCUUGGAUAGCGCAAAUUAUCGCCAAUUAUGGUUGCCUUGAUGCUGCAGUAAACGUAGUGGGUGUGUACCGCAAUAAUCAGCGACUCGUCGACGAAACGGACGAAGGCUUCGGCUUCCACAAGGAUGUCAAUGCUACAGGGCUUUUUCUACUGUUUGAGAGGGCAACUCCGAGUACUGUCAAUGUCGCCAGCGUUGCAGGUCAGGUCGGGGCAGCCGGAAUAGGAAGCUACGUUGCGAAUAAGCAUGCAGUCGUUAGCUUGACCAGGACAGCAGCGAGGGAGCACCCAGAACUCAGAAUUAACGCAGUUGCACCAGGGAUCGUCGCCACCCCCAUGGUUAAAGAGGUCGAAGAGAAGCAAGGAGGCCCUCAGAUCACGACAAUGCAAUGCAUGGACAGGCAGGCCAACCCUAAAGAGAUCGCCAAUACGAUAGCCUUUUUGCUCUCAGAUGACGCCAGUUUCGUGACGGGCGCUGUUUACAACGUUGAUGGAGGAAUGUAUUGCUAA